UCCACACCCCUUCUGUUGCCUUAUAGUCACGCAGUAAACACUUGAGAAAUGUAGAUUAGAGUAGAGGACUACAUAUGUUUAUAUUUGCUUCUGGGAACACAUUCUGAAAAGUCAUUCAGCUACAACAGAAAUGAGCAGAAAACAAACUGUCCACACCCCUUCUGCUGCCUUAUAGUCAUGCAGUAAACACUUGAGAAAUGUAGAUUAGAGCAGAGCACUACAUAUGUUUACAUUUGCUUCUUGGAACACAUUCUGAAAAGUAAUUCUACUACAACAGAAAUGAGCAGGCAUAUACAUUUAAAAAGUGCACUAGUAUUCAUUUACAUACUUGUGCACUUGCACUGGAGCUGCACUGAAGAUAUAUGUCUAGGUGAAGACUGCAAAAAUAAAGAUGUGUAUGACAAAACUGUGACAGCAAUACCUGAAAAACUGAAAGAUGGAGCCAAUGAAAUAUUUUUUGUACACAGUAAGAUUUCUGUCAUACCAAAAGGAGCUUUUUCUAAAAACCCUCAAUUAAAGAAAAUCGAAUUUCUCGGGACUUCAACUACGUCCAUAGAGGUCGGAGCCUUUGAGGGUUUACCUGAUAUCACAACCAUUGAGAUAACUGGCACAAAUGUGACAUCAUUACCCGUGGGUGUUUUUGAGGAUCUCAUCAACCUUGAAAAACUUGUUUUAAAAAAUAACAAAAUCCAAAGCCUGGAAAAUGGGUUAUUUGAUGAUUUAAAAAUGCUUCAAGAACUAAGUCUACAUACGAAUGAGAUUAGCUCAAUUGAGGAGGGGACAUUUGAUAGUUUAGAGAAUCUCACACUUCUUCAUCUUGCAAAAAACAACAUAAGUUCUGUAUCGACAUCUCUUUUUUCCAAACUUAAGAACUUGCGCUUGUUCAGGAUUUAUGAGAACCAGCUGACCUCUAUGCCUGAUGGGAUUUUUGAUCAUCUCCCUGAUCUGACAGAGAUAGCUUUGCAAGGCAACAAAAUCUCAUUUAUAAAACCAGAUUUGUUUCCACACAAAAGUAAUUUAGUCAAACUCUUUUUGGACCACAAUCUUUUAACUGAACUGCAGCAAGAUCUUUUUGUUGGUUUCUCUUCAUUAAAGACUCUUACUCUGCAUAACAAUCAACUCAUCCGUCUUCCCACUGUCCUUUUUGGAGAAAUGCCUAAAAUGACUGAUUUGAGUCUAAGCCAUAACAAUCUCACUGACUUACCAACUGGAGUUUUCAGCCCACUUAAGAAGCUCAAGAAGUUAGACCUUUCAUCAAACCAGUUUUCAAUGAUAUCUAAAGACUUUUUUGAAGGUCUUGAGAAAUUGUCUGAUCUGAAUCUUCAAAAUAACAAUAUAAAGUCAUUAAAAAAAGAGGACUUUGAAAAACUUCAGUCUCUUACAACACUUAGACUGGGAAAUAAUAAACUACAAAGCCUUCCUGGAGAUGUUUUUGACGCUCUUCCAAAACUCAAUAAACUAUAUCUUUACAAGAACCCGUGGCAGUGUGACUGUAACCUGUUGGAAUUCUUUGAAUGGAUAACGAACAAUGAAGACAAGAUUAAAUCAAAACCUUCAGAAGUUUGUGAGUCCCCAAAAAACCUGGAAAAUCAACCAAUAUCCUCUUUAACAGAAGAACAAUUAAUAUGCCUCACAACUUUACCAAGUACCACCCCUGUCCGUACAAGUACUGUUCCCAUGACCACACUGCACACCACAGUUGUCUCAACAACAACCUCAACAACAGCAGUGCCUACAACAACUACUACUUUACAGACAACAACCACACUUGCUCCAACAACAAUACCAGUAACAACUCAAACAACUACAACACAGACAACCACACAAGUCAUUACUACUACAACACCAACUACUCAACUCACAACUUUGCUUCUAACCACAACCACACCACCCACCACCACUGCUAUGACUACAGCUCUGUCAACUACAUCAGUCCCCACCACAGCAUCAACAACUAUGCUUCAACCAACAACUGCCCCCCUGACAACUACAUCAGUCCCCACCACAGCAUCAACAACUACGCUUCAACCAACAACUGCCCCCCUGACAACUACAUUAGUCCCCACCACAGCAUCAACAACUAUGCUUCAACCAACAACUGCCCCCCUGACAACAACAUCAGUCCCUACCACAGCAUCAACAACUACGCUUCAACCAACAACUGCCCCCCUGACAACAACAUCAGUCCCUACCACAGCAUCAACAACUACGCUUCAACCAACAACUGCCCCCCUGACAACUACAUUAGUCCCCACCACAGCAUCAACAACUAUGCUUCAACCAACAACUGCCCCCCUGACAACAACAUCAGUCCCUACCACAGCAUCAACAACUACGCUUCAACCAACAACUGCCCCCCUGACAACUACAUUAGUCCCCACCACAGCAUCAACAACUAUGCUUCAACCAACAACUGCCCCCCUGACAACAACAUCAGUCCUUACCACCACAUCUACAACCACAUUACUAUCAACAACUGCCCAUAUGACGACUACAUUGAUUCCCGCCACAUCAACAUCGACAGUUCAAACAACAAUUGCGCCAACUUCAGCGACUACAACUAUAUUAAUCCCCACCACUAUUACAAGUCAAAAAACAACAGCCACCAGUUUACCACCCAGCACAACUACAAGGACUACAGAACCUUUUCUCACCACACAUAGUAGUUUCAUCUGUACCAGCUCUCCUCAGCCUAUUCUCUCAAGUCCUACUCCUACCCACAAGAACUCAUCAUGCAAGGAACUGAUGAUAUAUUAUACUACAAUGCUGCUGGUGGAAAUCUGCUGUACUCUUGUGCUGGCCAAAAUAACUUAUUCACUAUAUUGUUCUCUGGAGCAAAGAGAGACACUGCACACCCAGGUCAACCUGACUCACUUCUCCUAUACUAAGUCUAUUAUACUCAGACCAGUCGAAGAGACUGCAGCUCUGUGAUUUUCUUUUCUUUCUCUUGAACAUUGAGUAGCAAUGAAUUUCUAAAAAGCAUCUAUCAUUGAGACUGAAGACAAGAUUCAUUUCUUUUACUGCUUUCAUUUCAUGACCAUGUACAGUAGGGUCCACAAGCCUGAAUCUUCUACUUCUAUUUAAUGUUUGUCUAUUUAAUAAAUACUUUUUAUAUAUAAUAGUUAUAUAUGAUAUAAUGAUUAUAUUAUGAGCAUAACAAUUUGUGUAGUAAAGAGUUUGCAUUUCAAAAUUCUUAUUCUUAUAUUAUUUGACAAUGAAUUCCACAUGAUCAAGUUAUACCAGCAUGAUUUGUUGAAUGUUAUAUCUUUGGAACAUCUGACUUUUCAGACAAGAGAGUCACAUGGUCAGUGUUAAAAAUAUGCCAGAUUAUUUUUAGGUUUCAAAUGUUUGGACUUCACGGUACAUUAAGGCAAAGAGUUUGUGUGUGUGUGUAUUUUUUUUUUAUAUAUUAAAUUUACUGUUUUUAUAUGUACUACCUAAUAUAAUGUAAGUUAUACUGUGUUAUGAUGGUACAAGGUUAUGGCGCUGUCUUAUAUGUGUCCAGUGUUGCAUUUCUUUACCUAUAUAACUGAUUACCUUUGGCAAAAGGACAACCCACAAUGCCUUAUUAAUGAAUAUAUUACAAUAUGUUUAAUACAUAAGGAAUAAUCCAUGGCUAGGUGUACAUGAUUUGAAUGCACAAUGUGGAGGCAAAAAAUAAAUAAAUAAAUAAAUAAAAACACUCAACGCACAGGGGUAAACACGAAAGUUCACAUGUGAUGUGCACACACACACACACACACACACACACACACACACACACACACA